UUUGUAUGCACCUGUCUUAAGUCAGGAGCCAGUUGUUCAGUGGUUGUCGUUUGUUGGUGUUGUUCAUAAGUGUUUCUCGUUUUUAUAUAGAUUAGACCGUUGGUUUUCCUGUUUGAAUUGUUUUACACUAGUCAUUUUGGGGGCCUUAAUAGCUUGCUGUUCGGUGUGAGCCAAGGCUCCGUGUUGAAGGCCGUAUUGUGACCUAUAAUUGUUUACUUUUUAUACAUUGUGAUUUGAAUGGAGAGUUGUCUCAUUGGCACUCAUACCACAUCUACUUAUUUUUAUGUAAACAAAUCAUUGUAUUUUCUUUAAUGUAUCUGUUUUAUGAAUUUAUGCAUUUAUUAGAUUUGUUAAUUGUGGGCGCUUCAUGGGAUGAGGAAAUAAAGUAUCUGUAUAUUGUAAAUAAAUUACACUAACCAUUGUGAUUGUGAAUCUCCGCAGUCACGCUGUUGAAACUUUUACGUUAGUUACCGACAAAGCUUUCGUGGGUAUUUUUGUUUACCUCAAUGGACGAAUAACUUAGAUGCGCAAAAUUUUAAACAACAUUUCCUUUUAAGUACAAAUAAGAAAUUGAUUUUACCAUUUAAUAAAUUACCGCAGACGACUUCGAAUCGACCUGAUAUGAAUAGAACACCCGGACGUGGAUAUGUUGUACCUUACGUUUCCGAUUUAUGUUGAAGAUAAAUUUCUUUAUAAAAUCUAAAGUCUUUAUUUGUAAGAACCUGAUAACAGGAGUACUGUUUAAACCAUGAAUAUAUCUAAUCGUAAACAUUAUGGAAUAUACUUUACAUGGAAAUAUUUUUUGUUUUUGUUUCAUUUUGGCCUGCGUGCGAGUAAAAAGAUCGCAUGGUGAAAUCAGUUGUGACUUUAAUGAGGGUAGUAUGUGUCCCGGUUGGAACUUCGAACAAAACUCCACAAUAUAUGCUGCUAACUGGACGAUCUGGAAAGGCGCAACCUUGACAGCGAACACUGGACCACAGAGGGACCAUUUAAAGAAAGAUGGCUUCUACAUCUUUAUGGAAACUACAAAGCAGAAACAUCGAGACAUUGCCAUGUUUUAUUCUCCUGUAAUAGAACAAACAGAUCAGGUUGUCAAUGUCACAUUUUGGUACCACAUGCAUGGAAUAUUUAUCCAGAGUCUCAAAGUAUAUGUCUUUCCGGGUAAUGAAGACCAACAGCUUGUUAUGGCUAUAAAUUAUGAACAUGGAAAGCAAUGGAAAUUAGCUGUUGCAUAUUUGGAACAUAUUGGGCCUUUCAAAAUAGGUUUCCAAGCAAUGGUAGGAAGUACUGCUUCGGAUAUUGCUGUUGAUGAUAUCACAAUAACAGGAGCAGAAAUAUAUCAUAGUUCCACUACCUUUGAAACCACAACAAGUUUGAAUAAAGAAAAGAGAUUAAAUGAGAAUGAGACAGAAGACUUUAUUCCUUUACCAUAUAUAAUCAUAUGUGCCAUAGGUGGUGUAAUGUGGGCAGUUAUUCUCUUUCUUUUAUGUUGUUGUGUACGUCAAGCAAGUCGAAUUCAGAAUUCCAAAAGGACUGUUGGGUGUAACACUUCACAAAUUAUUUAUAGUAAUGACGAAGUGGGAGGCGAACAGAAUAAUUUACUAGAGGACAAUGAAGUCAUCACAGUAGAUAAAGUGGAGCUGACAUUAGAUCCUCUACAAUUAGAGAGUAACCACUACGAAAUUAUCUUAGACAAUUGUGCGACAAAAUUCUGAUUGGUAAACCAUAAAUUGGAACAUCCACAUAUUCAUAGGUAUUACAGAUUACAAUUUCAUCACUAGUGUAUGCACAGAUUUAUGUAAAGGUUUUACUGACUAAUUAACUCUAGGCUAUUCAAAAAGAUUCAAUACAUUUAUCUGAUUCCUUUUGCAUCAUCAAUUUAACUCACAUGUUAUCAUCAGAUGAAGUUUGCAUGUCCAUUUAUUUUAUUUUUAGUAUAUUGAAAGUUUUGCAAAUUAUUAUGUUGAUACUAGCGUGAUUAGCUGUCGAUUGUAUGUAUCAAAAAUAAAAUCACCCUUCUCAA